AUGAGUACCUUGAGUUGGAACUGUCGUGGCUUGGGUAAUCCACGGACAGUUCGCGAGAUUGAGGACAUGGUGUCCUAUAAGAAGCCCGACUUUGUAUUUCUAAUGGAAACCAAGGUUAGCCGAGAUCAUGUUGAACGACUUCGGAUUAAACUUGGUUUCGAUGGUCUUUUUUGUAUUAAUAGUUCUGGAUUGAGUGGAGGUUUGGCUCUGUUGUGGAGAGCAAAUAAUACGGCAAGGUUGAUGAGUUAUUCCAAAAACUAUGUGGAUGUUGAAGUGAGUAUACCGGGAUUUGAUAAAUGGAGAAUGACGGGAUUUUAUAGCUUUUCGCAGAAGGGUCAACGGAGGGAUUCUUGGGACCUUAUUCGUACUUUAGCUGGCAGAUCAGAUCUACCUUGGAUGCCAAUGACUGGAUAUCCGUUUACUUGGGAAAAAGAAAAAGGCACACCAAAUUGGAUAGAGGAAAGUUGGCGUGAGAAAGUGCCGGAUGCUAGUGUGCAGAAUAUAUUGACCCGAAAGUCGGAUCAUUCUGCUCUUUUCCUUGGGAUUCUGAAUCUUCGUGAAAGGAGGGGUGGUUUGAAAAGAGGGUUUCGUUUUGAAAUGGCAUGGCUGCAUGAUGAAGGAUGUAGAGAAGUGGUGGAAAAGUCAUGGAAUGAAGGUGGAGGAAGGAAUUUGCAGGAAUGUAUUUCUUAUUGUGGAAAUCGUUUAGCGCGCUGGGGAGGAGAUCAGUUUCAUAAGUUUGGUGAACGAAUAAGGAACCUACGGAAGGAGCAGUUACGUCUGAGGGGAUGUAGUAACCCAACAUCGUUGGCUGAAUUUCAACGAUUAGAGGAGUGCCUGAAUCGUAUUGAAGCUCAGGAAGAUGCAUACUGGAGGCAGAGGGCCAAGCAGCAUUGGCUUAAGGACGCGGAUGCAAACACAAAAUUUUAUCACAGGUAUGCAUCUCAUCGCAAGAAAAAGAAUACUAUUAUUAAAAUUAUGAAUGAUAGUGGGGAUUGGGUUGAAGGAGAGGCCAUGAAGAAUAUUAUCUUGAACUAUUAUCGGAAUAUCUUCGGCUCCGGCUCUCCUAAUGAUAAUGAGGAGUUCUUUGGAAAUAUAGGCUCUCGGGUAACACAUGUACAGAAUGAGACACUCUUGCGACCCUUUGAUGUUAUUGAGGUAAAGAAUGCUCUAUUUUCUAUGUUUCCUGACAAAGCACCAGGACCAGAUGGAAUGAAUCCAGGUUUCUACCAGCAUUUCUGGGAUGUAGUGGGUGGUGAUGUGUCGACCUAUAUUGUGAAUUGUCUUAAUGCUCGUUCUUUUCCUGCUAGCCUAAAUGAUACGAACAUAAUCCUGAUCCCCAAGAAGAAAAAUCCUGAAUUGGUCUCAGACUAUAGACCAAUAGCGUUAAGUAAUGUGAUCUACAGGAUUAUGGCUAAAGUCAUAACUGCCAGAAUGAAGCCACUGAUGGGGGAUAUUAUAUCUGACACCCAGAGCGCUUUUAUAUCUGACAGACUAAUAACAGAUAAUAUUUUGAUUGCUGCCGAAGUUGGUCAUUUUUUAAACAGGAAGCAAUGUGGAAUCACAGGAUGGGGGGCUUUGAAACUGGACAUGGCGAAAGCCUAUGAUCGGAUGGAAUGGCCCUUUUUACGUAAUAUGAUGCUAGCGUUGGGAUUUGAUGAAAGAGCAAAUGUCCAGGAGGCUGAAGUGGUUAAACAGUGUUUGUCAGUGUAUGAGGAAAUGUCUGGGCAAGCAUUGAAUUAUUAUAAGUCAAGUAUUUGCUAUAGUAAAAACACACGAGAUGAGGACAGGGAGGAGGUUGCCAAUAUCUUAGGAGUUGUGCAGGCUCCAAAUUUUGGGAAGUAUCUAGGGCUUCCAUCAUUUGUGGGCAGGAAUAGGAAAGCAGUUUUCUCAUAUAUUGAGGACAAAAUUAGACAAAGAAUUGGGUCAUGGAAUAAGAAGUUACUAUCACAAGCAGCUAUUGAGAGAACUAUGAACCGUUACUGGUGGAGAUCUAAAGAUGACCAGGGCAUCCACUGGAAAGCGUGGGAUAAGUUGUGUAUCCCUAAGAAGUAUGGGGGAUUGGGCUUUAAGGAAUUGCGUGCCUUUAAUUUAGCCAUGUUGGGGAAACAGGCCUGA